AUGGAAAAAGUGCCUAGCAAGGAUAUUGAGAGAAUGAUGGCAUUCAUCAAUCAUGAGGCAGACGAGAAGAUAAAGGAGAUGAAAAUAAAGGCAAUACAGGAAUAUAAUGCAGAGAAGGCAAGAAUUAUUAAAGAGGAGACGAUGAAAGAAGAGAAUGAAUUUAUGAUGAAGCAAAGAGAAAUAGAAAACAAAAGAGUGAUGACAGAAAGCUCACUAGAAAACGUGUACAGACAGAAAUACCUACAAGAGAAGGUAAGGAUUCUGGAUAAUAUAUACAAAAUUGUUUUGAAGGUGUGCUCGGCGGAGCCUCUGAACGAGCUGCUUAUUGAUGAGUGUAUGAAGAAAAUGGAAGAUGAUUUUAUUGUGUACUGUAGCAAGAAGGAUGUGGAGGUUGUGAAGAAGCAUUGCAGGGACGCAGAAAUACGAGAGAUGGUUUCUGCUGGGAUAGGUGGUAUAAUUCUUUGCUCGAAGGACUACAAGUCGAUUGUUGAUAAUAGCUUUGCAUCGAGGCUGGAAACAAUCAAGAGCAUGUUUGAAGCGGAGAUAAAUAAAGCCAUUUUCAGGUAA